GGGUAAAAAUAAAACGUUGUCUUUGUUUUGUCUUCUUGUGUCCUUGUCCGAAGUUGUAGUUCGGUAACAAGUCUUUCGCUUCCCACUCUCUCUCCAUCUCCUUCCAUUUCUUCUUCCCCUAUCUCUCUCCCUCUCUCUCUACCGUCCUUCUAGGGUUUCUUUGAUCACAUUCAAAUUUGUCUCCUUUAAUCUCAAUCCUGUAACAAUCAAAGGAUAUGGAUUCCAAUUGGAUCAAUUGUCCCUCUGUUUUCUCUUCAUCAUCUUCUUCUUCGAGACGGUGUCAAUCCCGAUCAGAUUUGUAUUUAGGAGGAGGGUACGAGGAUCUUGAAGGAGAAGACGAUUUGAAGGCAGAGUUCAUAUGCCCCUUUUGCGCUGAAGAUUUUGACAUUGUUGGGCUUUGUUGUCACAUUGAUGAAGAACAUCCUGUUGAAGCCAAGAACGGGAUGAGCACUCGAAGGAGAAGGUUGCGGAGAGGAGGAUAUAGCUCUACCUAUCUCGCCUUGAAAAAGGAACUCCGAGAAGCAAACUUACAGUCUCUUCUUGGUGGAUCAUCAAGUUUCACUUCUUCAACCAAUAUCGAUUCUGAUCCGUUGCUGUCAUCCUUUAUGUUUAAUUCUCCUUCAGUGAAUGAGUCUGCAAACAAAUCUGCUACACCUGUGAGUGUAGGAAACGCGGCUACGAAAGUCUCGAUUAAGGAAUCUCUCAAAAGAGACAUUCAAGAAGCUCCACUUUCAGGUGAAGAUCAAGAGAAGGCGAAAAAGAGUGAGUUUGUGCGAGGUUUGUUGUUGUCAACCAUGCUUGGAGACGAUUUCUAAAUUUCCCGUUAAAUCCCUUGCCUUGUUGUGGUUGAUGCAUGAGACGUAAGGAAUCUGAGGUUGGAAUUGUUAGGAGUGGUCUCAAUGUAUGAUGCAAAACCUUGUAAGUUAUAAGGGGAUGCAGAGUUGCAUCCAUAUAUUAUUGUCAUUUGUACCUUGGAACCUUUAUGUGCAUAAGCGGAAACAGAGUACUUUCCUUUCACUGAGACUUCAUAUAUUCAAAAUACUAGUUUCUAUUGAUUCAAAUAAAAAGUUAAUACGUUU